ACGGCCCCAUGGGUGGCACUCAUCAUCAUCAUCAUCAUGGCGUCGGUAGGAAAUUUGGAAGACGCGGCGAGGAAAAGAAAAGAACGUCUGGCCGCGCUCAAGAAGAGAGCUCAGGACAGCAAAGUUACUGGUGGGAAUGAGGACGAACCUCCAACUAAAAUAGCAGCCAAGGAGCCAAAGUUCCGCAGCUACCAGCCUGAGGAUGACCAGCUGAAGGACAAAGCUGUAGAAGCUGCUAAACCUGUCCAAGUUGAGCCUAUUGUACAGGAACAACUGGAAGCAUCCAAACCAGUUCCCUUGGUGGAGGAAGUGGAUUUGGUGAAUCUGGCUCCAAGAAAACCUGACUGGGACUUGAAAAGAGAUGUUGCCAAGAAACUGGAAAAACUGGAGAAGAGAACACAGAGGGCAAUAGCAGAACUAAUACGAGAGAGAUUACAGAGUGGUGAGAGAGAAGACCUUGCAGCCGUGGUCAAUGCUAAAGCCGUGGCAGCUGCACAGAGACAGAAUGAUGACCAUGAUGACUAUGACUCAGACUAGUCCAUCCUACAAACACAUUUGUUUCAACUUGACCAUAUUGAGCUCUAUGCAUAGUUCUCACUAGGUUAUUUGAGCGUAGGGGCCCCCUACAAUGUGAUUUAGCCCCCUACACUCUUUCAACGAAUGUAGGAGUGUUUUUUGUGGGGAGGGGGGGAGAACCUUCAUAAAAAUAAAACUAUAACACAAGAAUAAAGCUAUAACAAAAGGAAAACAUUAACUUAAUAAGCAUGAAAUAGUGUCUCUGGGUGGUAUUAAUUUCACAUUUUUCAGUGAGAAUACCAGACCCCCUGCUGUGGUCAUGUUUUGGGGACUCGAUAUGCGACCUGCUCUGCAGAAAGUUGUCCUUCUGUACCUGACCCCUACGCUGUGAAAAAAUCCUGGUGAGAACACUGCAGUACAUUUGUAUGUCUGUUUCCAGUACCAGUUUUAGUAUCAGCUUGCAGAUAUUGAUAUGAAGGUUUUAUUCCUUUAUCUGAGACUUCAAGAAAGACUGAAGUCAAUUUAGAAUACCUCACUUACUCAUCACUAACUCUCUCAUACUUAAUAUUAUCCAGUUUAUUGUCUUAAGUUAAAUUUGCUUAAGAUGGCAAACAUAAUGCCAAGGAAGCUGUUAGUGUUUAAUUGGUUUAAUCUCCAAGAUUUCUGAAAUUACUAGUACAUUGGGGGAUUUAUUAUAAUGGUUUCAUGUUUUGAACAGAAAUGACAACACACAUCAAGCUCUGUAGAAUUUCCCAAUGAUUUUAUUAAUAAACUUAAAUAGAUGUUAAUGCCUAGAAAAAAAUGUUGUGCUUCUUGUCUCCAGACCGACCCAAGAAAAACCUGUGGACCCUAUAGCCUUUUUUUCUGUAGACCCCUGCAAGGGACAGAAUUUUUUAAGCUGAUCGAUCUUUUCUAGCUCCAUGAUCUGACACCUGAGUGAUGAAACGUUGUACAAUCAGUUUUCCAACAUUGACAUUGAAAAUAUAAGUGUCCUCAUGCAAGUUUUACUUUGUUAAAAUGUAUAAGUUGAAUCACAAGUUGUAUCAGUAGAGAACCAAAGUUUAAU